UUUUUUCGUUAAAAUGGCUGAAAUAUAAAACAGAGAAGAAAGUUACAAACAAAAACAGAAGGAGAGGCAGAAAUAGAAACAUCUUCUGCUUGUCGUUGUGGUUUGGGAUAGACUGGGGUGGACUCUACUGGGAUAGAAACUUUUCAAUGAACUGUACCAGAAUUCCGUGGGAAACACUGCAGCUUCAGUUAGAAGCUCAUGCAAAGUUCUGAGGUCUGAAGAGACUCACGUGAAAUCAUAGAGGAGAUAAGUCGGGUCCUACACAUCCUGAACUCUCGCCCUGAGGGUCCAUCUCCCAUCAUACCUGUGGACAUGGCCAUGAGGAUCUGUCUGGCCAGCUCCCCUCCUCUGCACUCCUUGCUCAGUAAUUGUGACAACAGCUGUUCUUCUUCAUCAUCAUCCUCCUCUUUGCUGCCACUCUGUGAACCGCUGCGACCCUGUCUGUCCUCUGCAUGCUGCAGUGAUGCCUUCAAUAGCAACUACAUUGCCACAGCAACCACGACAUCAACGACUGCAACUGCAGAGAUUAGCAGCCCGGCGUGGCUGAGGAGGAGGAGGAAGAAGAAGAAGAAGAACGUGGUGUUUGCUGACUCUCAGGGUUUGGCGCUCACUGCUGUCCACAUCUUCAAUGAGGCUGAGGACAACCUGAUGACAGAGCUGCAGUUCCACUUGACUGAGAUAGAGGGUGCCACAGCAGGACUACACCUGGGACACAACAAAGACCCUGCUGAUUGUGGUUCAGGCCUGGUUCUGGACUUCACUCAGCCAGCUGCAGACUAUCUGGACCUGAGGAACCGACUCAAAGUCCAGCAGGUUUGUCUAGAGACCUGUUCGGUCCAGGAACGCUUGCUCUCAGGCACUGUUCAGGUCCGAAACGUCUGCUUUGAGAAGUCCGUCUCAGUCCGUAUUACCUUUAACUCAUGGCACUCCUUCCAAGACAUUCAGUGUCAAUACCUCAACAACGUCUACGGCUGCCUUGACACCGACACCUUCUCCUUUUCCAUUUUGGUGCCAGACCUCCAUGAGCCCAUGGACAGAGUAGAGUUCUGCAUUCAGUAUCAAACUCGGGACCAGACGUUCUGGGAUAACAACCAGGGGAACAACUACCGGCUGGUGUUGGCAGACCAAAAUGGCAGUCUGACCCAGAGUGCUGAGCAUUGCGCAGAGCUGGAGAUCCAGAGACAACAUGGUGGAGAUAAAAGACAGGAGAUGGAGUUUGACCCUUUUGGAAGUCCCAGAACAUCAUCAGGGAUCUUCCCUGAGUGGCAGAGCUGGGGUCACGUAGAGACUGGCGCUCCCUAUUGGUGAGACUGUCAUAGCACGUGCAUUAGAAACUCACUCUGAUUCUGUUCUCAAAAGGUAAGACAUUCACAGGACCUUGACUUGAGUACUGAAAGCCUUUUGGAGGUCAUCCAAAUGUGGCGGCUGGACAUAGACUACUUUAACUUGAGUCACUUUAGCUCCCUAAAAUUAAAUGAGUCUUUGACAGGCAUGUAAUAACUACUGAAUGAAGAAUGGAAGGACACAAUAGUUGCUAGUUCAAAAUGACAGUCUGGCAAACCUGCAUUUCAUACUUGCUCCAGAUGCAGGUUAAAUGAAGCACCAGAAUUAGCCUUGUAGGUCUAAAUGCCAGAAUUGGCCCAGGUGCUGUAAAAUGGCAAUGAUUCUUACCCCAGUUAUUUUAAAAUGUGCACCUUUAAAGCCUGAAUCCAUAUAUAUAUAUAUACUUCCGUAAAAGCACUGACCUCUCCUUUGUCAUCAGACUGGGCUCACAUCAGGUCUUCUGUUUCCAGAACACAGCCAAGUGUGCUGACAUUCAGCCACAGGAGGUCUGACUUAGUGGGAUACCUGGGAUGGUCUCAUUGGAAAAGAUGCACUGAGAUUCCUUGGUGCUUUGUAAAAACGUUCCAAGGAUUCAAGGCUUUUUGAGCAUCAAAGAGUGCUGGCUUCUGAAAUAUGCAAAUACGACAGAAAAACUGUAGCAUCAAUCUAUUCACAAAAAACUCAGGAGUCACAGGGGCUUAGUAAAA